GGUUGUACGCUAUCACGCAAAAGAUUGCGCCGGUGAAGGCCUCAAGCGGGAUGGAGAUUCUUGAGACCAGCACCUUUAAGCUGCAAUGCUUCCAGACACUGACAGGUACCAAGUUUCUGGUAGUCACCGACCCCAAGCAGGCAAACCUAGACGCCGUACUGCGUGGACUAUAUGUACUGUACAGUGACUUUGCGCUGAAGAAUCCCUUCUAUUCCAUGGAGAACCCCAUCCGAUGUGAGCUGUUCGAUCAGGGAUUGGCAGAGUUCAUCGAGAGGACAUCGCAGUCUCCGUACGGCACUGUCCCACAACUUGGUUGAAGUACGAGGCAAACAACACACCUCGACGCGAGCAAUGCGGGAUUUAAUUUGUAUCGUACCAUACACGUAGGACUACACAUCAGCACACACAUGUGUAUCAACUACGUGCCCUAUAUAUUGUGAGAUCUAUGGCAAGAUCUAUCGCAGUAUCUGUAGGCUCACUACGAUAUAUUAACGCUUCAUAUUCGUAUAGGAUUACGUAUAGGAUUACGUAUUUGGAUUCUACGCCGUACAGAGGAGUGUGUGGUUCGUAGUGAUAUAGGUACGUAUCACCUAUGAGUGCGCAUAUGCGACUUCCGAGUUAUCUCACGAUUGCGGAGCGGGCACUACGGUCUGUCGCACCAAUAAGUGACGUGUACAAUACAUUUCUCAGCGGAUGGGCUAGUAGACAAUAGCAGGUACUGUGCUUGACUUCUUUGCAGGGUAUUUAAGCAAGCUGAAGUCGCGUCCUAAGUACAUUCGUGAAUGGAUACAACAAGCUACACUUAUGUACUUUAAAAUAGGGUUCUCAGAAGUUGGAGCCGUCAAUGGUAGUAGCUUUGCCACGACCACCACCAUGCACGCACGUAUGAUGAAGCAGAUGAAUCAGAAAUUCCGAAGUCUAUUUGUUUGCAUUUUGUACUUUUGUCCGGUAGUGCUAACUAUUCGGAUAGAUCUGCAAACCUAGAGGUUGUCCCAUGGUUUAUACCAGUGAUUCUAUCUCCCCAAUCAACGAGACACAAACUCAAACGUAAACGAUAAAAACUAUUCUUAGCUUGUUAUAUACGCUAUUGCUUAUUCUUACACACUCCCAUGGGGUUAAGAUAUGGUCAAUUCAGAAAGCCUAAGUGUUCCAGCAGAGUAGACGAUUUUCACUUCGCCACUGAAGUGGUAUUCAUGCUCGAUCAUAGUAAACAACAUUUGUC